GCACCUCUCUCUCUCUCUCUCUCUCUCUCUCUGUCUGCCUGAGUGACUCUUGAACUCUCCACUGGGGAGGAAAAAGCUGUUGAGGAUGCACUCAAGCUGAGAAAACUUGCCAAGAAGAAGAAGGAGUCACACUCCGGUUCUCUGCAGCGGGUCACAGCUGCUCUGUUCCGCCGAGGAUGAGGAGCAAGAGACCGACGGGACGGUCCCAAAAUGAUUCACCUUGAAGCAAACACGGAUUUUUAAACCCCCUCUUUGAAUCCAAAGCCACACUUGUAUUCGUCCCGCACCAUGAGCACCCUGCAGCAGCUGGGGACCAUGUCCUUUCUGAUGAAGAAGAAGAAGUUUAAGUUUCAGGUGUAUUUCACGUUGGAGGAGCUGACAGCGGUGCCUUUCGUGAACGGGGUGCUUUUCUGCAAGAUCCGGCUGAUGGAUGGAGGGGACUUUGCCAUCUUGUCAUCCAGGGAGGAGGUGCAGCAGAACUGCGUUCGAUGGAGGAAGAAGUUCUCGUUCAUUUGUAAAAUGAGUGCGAAUCCCAUCAGCGGCGUGUUGGAUCCCUGCAUCUGCAGAGUCUCCGUGCGCAAGGAGCUCAAAGGAGGGAAGACCUUCUCAAAGCUGGGUUUUGCUGAUCUCAACAUGGCAGAGUUUGCUGGUUCAGGCUCAGUGCGCUGCUGCAUCCUGGAGGGUUACGACACAAAAAAUACCCGACAGGACAACUCUAUCCUGAAGGUGAUCAUUGGAAUGACUCUUCUGUCCGGGGAUCCCUGCUUUAAGACGCCUCCCAGCACAGCCAAAUCCAUCUCCAUCGGGGACCAGGACCCGACCCUGCAGCUGGACUGUAAGGGAGAGAGCACCGAGGCGUCAGCGCCGACACGAGGAAGCUUUAAGGAGUCUCCUCGCUCCUUCAAACCCAAACAGUUGUCAGUACGCAGCGCAGGUCUGCCUGAGGAGGGAGAGUGUGUGUCCAGUCCAGACGACGUCUUUCACUCCGGUCAUGUCCGCAGCUCGAGCUACGCCAGCCAGCACAGCAAGAUCUCAGGUUACAGCACAGCUCACUCUCGCUGCUCCAGCAUGAACGACCUCAGUCACCAUAGAAACGCCUCCUCCAGCAGCAGUGCGUCCUGCGGCCUCGCCCACCCCUCCUCCCCCUACUCCUCUUCUACCCAGCCGCCUCCCUCCACCCCCACCGAGGCUCCUCAACAAGCCACGCCCACGAAACCAGAGAGACCUCCCCCACCCUCUACAGCGGCCCUCAUGUCCAACAGAUCCUCCAGGAGGAAGAAGGACAGCGUGCAGCGGCAGCCGAGCUGUGUGGACGACACUCGAAUCGACGCGGACGACAUUGUGGAGAAGAUCAUCCAGAGUCAGAACUUUUCUGAAAGCAGCAACAAUGAAGUCAGCAACCUGAGACUGUUUGUCAGCAAAGACGGGACGACUGCGCUGAGCGGGACACAGAUCGCCAACAGAGGAACUCCUGGUGCUUUUGAACCGGUCGUCAUCGAGACUCACUGACAGAAGCGUCACCUCGUCUGCAGCCUCGUCCACUGGUUCACUAUUCUGUGACGUCUGAUUGUCCAACUGUGUUUGUGCAAGUACGAGGAAAGACGCCGUGCAUACACGUCUCAGUGCACAUAGCUUGAAAUAAGACUACUAUGAUAUGUAGAUAUUUAUCCUUUCUAGUAUAUUUAAUAAGGUGGUGGGAGGUGUAGUAUUGUAUCUUCUCAAAUAGUAGAAGGGACUUUCUUUACAAAGAGGUCCAGGCCGUCCUGGUGGUCUGAGUCCGCAGUCCAGGAAAGACAGUUAGCAAAGUGAAAGCAAUGUCAGAGGUGAAUGAAAACACCUUAUUAACACAAAACACCAAAAAUAUGUGCAAACAUGUGUAAUUCAAAGGGUUGAAUUAAUGCAAGUUAUAAGACUGCUGCUGUGUUUUGGUGUUAAAGGAGCAAUAUGUAACUCUGACACCUAGUGGUUAAAAUGGGUACUGCAGUCUG